GAAUGAUCUACAAACUCUGCCGCCGUCAUGUCUCCUCUGGUGUUGCUGGGCUGAAGGGUUUUUGCUUCGUACUGUUCUUGGCUGAUUUGGUUAUGCAAAAUCGGAACUUUUUAUAAAAAACCGCAACUUUCCCACCAACCAAACGCUUAAAGAAAACCAUGAGUUGCAAUUGCGGAAGCCAAUCGACAUUCCGCGAUCCCGUAACGGGCAACCUCGCAUGCACAAAGUGCAACAUCCUCUUAGAGUUCGAGAACUACGAUGCCCAGAUCGGCGGUAUCAGCGGUCCAUCGGGCACCAACAUCAACAUCGGAUACGCAGGUACUGGUUCCGUUUUCAAUUACAAGGACAGAAAAAUUUUCAAUGCCAAAGGAUCAAUCCAUAAAUAUACCUUAGUUCUUAACAUACCCAAUUCCGAAUUCGAAGUUACUUCCAUGAUAGAUAGAAUAACUCAUGGUGAAUUCGGUCAAGGAGACUGGUUCGAUGUUCUAAUCGGUGCUUGUUGUUAUGUUGUUAUGAGGAGAGAUAAUAGGGUUCUGCCUGCGGCGGAGAUAGCUGAGGUUAUUAGCUGUGAUGUGUAUGAAUUGGGGAGGAUGAUUUCGCGGGUUGUUAGAUUUUUGGAUUUGAAUUUGCCUGAGAUGAGUAUAGCUGGUUUGUUUGAGAGAGAGAUUAAUAAUUCGCAGUGUUUAGGUAAACUAGAUGAUGAUGGGAAAGAGAGGAUGAAGAAACAAGGGAUUUUUUUGGUGAAUUGUGCUGUGAAAUGGUUUUUGACGACGGGGAGGAGGCCACUACCACUGGUGGCUGCAGUGAUGGUGUUUGUGGCAGAGUUGAAUGGAGUGAAGGGUGUGAGGAUUGGAGAUGUUGCAAAGGAGGUGCAUGCCAAUGUGGCCACAUGUAAGUUGAGGUAUAAGGAGCUGCUGGAGACACUUGUGAAGGUUGCCCAAGCCUUGCCAUGGGGGAAGGAUGUGAAUGUGAAAAAUGUGUUGAAGCAUGCGCCCUCUGUGAUUCAGUAUAUGGAGAUGAAGUCGAUGGAGAAGAAGCAUGAAGGGGAGAUGAUUGAGUUUCAGAAUAGUGGGUUUGAUUUGGACGAUGUGGUCAGUGACUGUUUGAGGACUGAGGCUGCAUAUAGGGAUUAUGAGAAUUGCAUAGAAGGUCUUGAUCAACAUUCUGAUAUGGGUGGUAGAAAUGAUGAUCCAAAGUGGGAUUUAGUCAAGGCUGAUAAGCUUAAGCUUUCACAUGAAUGCCUGUCUUUGAUUUAUACAAACUUUUCAAAUGAGGUUGAUCGCAGUCAGUUGAAUGGACAGAGUGGGAACGUUCCUAGGAGGGAAAGAAACACAGGUUCUGAGUUUGAUGAAUGCAGGGAUUGGUGGAAUGGGAAAUCAGAAUUGACCAAAAAGCUUCUUCUUAAGGAAAUUUUGGAGAGAGAUGUAGGGUAUGAUGCUAUGCCACCAUCUUUUACUGCUGGUUGCUUGGCAAAUGAGGAGAGAAGGAAAAGGAUAAAUGCUGCUAAGCUGCGCAUUAAUAAGAUUAUGCAUCCUUUAAAUACAGAUUCAGGUGGAAAUGGUGAUCUUUGCAUUUUUGAAGAUGAGAUUCCUCGUAAGAAGAGGAAGAGAACACAAGCCCCUGAAAUUGACUGGGAAGACUUUAUUAUCGAAACUCUUCUUCUGCAUCAGGUGGAAGAAGAGGAAAUUGAGAAAGGAAAUUACAAUAGAUUGUUGGAUUUACAUGUAUUCAACUCUGGGGUUAUGUGAAAGGUUCUAGUAUAGACUGCAGAAUCAGAACUUCAUAGACUGCAGAAUCAGAUAUUGAUAUAUGGUAAAUAACAUACAUGACAGGUGGCAAGCACUUGAUGGGCUGGAAGACAUGUAGGAGCCACAUAGGAUUAGUUUUAUAUUUUAUAUAUUGUUGUUUUUCUUGUCGUUUUAUUUAACUUAGUGUUGCCAUUUUGGUACGGGUUAGGACUAGAGUGCAGAUGGUAUUUAGAGGCUGGUUCUUGUCAUUUGCAGCUUGUCUAUGAAAUUGGUUAUUCCUUGUUAUCUGUUGCUCUGUGUUUUCCCUAAACUCCCUCGGUAAUCAGAAUACAUUUGAGUAAUAUAU